AUGAACUUCCCAAUCGCCAGGUCGGAUGGUUCCUUUGUUUCUCCAAGCCACCAAAAUGGCCCGCGCAGACCCGGAGAUCCUGUAAGCAGGCAAGCGCCGAACCAGCUACGAGUCAUGGUCGCGGGCGAGAGUGGCCUCGGAAAGACGACAUUCCUGAACAACAUAUUCCGGCACCUCACCCAAGGCGAAAACCCCAUGGACCAGGCUUCUGUCGUGCAUGAGCAAACAGGAGGCAUUUCCGGCCACAGCAAGACAAUCAAGAUCGCAGAACGCGAAUUUGACCACACCAAUUCUGACGGCCAGUGCUACAAGUUCUUUUUGGUGGACACCCCUGGAUAUGGCGACCACGUGAACGUCCGCAAAAGCUUCCAACCAGUACCCAUCGACAUCGAAUACAUGAAGCAGCCCUCCAAGGUUGUUGCUGUGAUUCCCGUGGUAGGGAAGUCCGACAGCAUGACGGUGGACGAGAUGAUUAACUUCAAAGAAGACAUCGCCUACUUUGCCGCCCAGGCUAAUGGGCUCGGGUUCUUCAACUUUUCGGAGCGGGCAUGGAGAAAGUGCCUGGGAGCCCUGAAUAUCGCCGAUGAGCCCAUCUGGCUGGGCGAGAGGCGGCCACCGCCGUACGCAGUGAUCUCGAGCCAGGUGGACGACCCCAACGGAACCGCUCAUGCUCCCGAUCCAGUACGCAGAUAUCCGUGGGGUGACUGUCAUGUCAUGAGACCGGAGCACAGUGACAAUACUUACCUUCAGUGUCUCCUUCUGGAGGUGGUGUUCCAGGACAUGAAGGACGAGAUGAGGAAGCGGUAUGAAGCGAAGCCUCUGGUGAAAAAGAUUGGAGAAAACAUGCCAGAGUAUCGUCGAACAGUUGCCGGCGGCAAGUUGUCGAUUCUCGUUGUGGUGCUGACGGCGAUAUGCGCGUUGCUGGCGGGGAAUGUGGCAAACCCUCAGGUAUAUGGGUCGGAUGGUCUAAUUUUACCGAUUAACCCCAACAUGCCGUUAUUCUCAGGGUUAUUGGGUGUGCACUCACGUUGCCUGGAUGGAGUCGAGCCCUCCAUGGGCGAGGCCGGCUGGAGCGAAGUCAUGCUCACGAUCCAGCGACUCGAAGGAUCGGACCGCACCUUGGCGGCGGUGGACACAGGGGGGGAACACCUGGACGUCCUUAUGGAGGUGCUGAUGGAGGACAGCAAGAUUUGGACGGAAACCUCCGAGGAGGUGCAGGACACACCACCAGGUCCAGAAGCCGCGACAAUCGAAGAAGAAGGCGGCGCGGCAAAGGGUACGGACCACCCUCCGUUUGAGACGGAAGCAGCGACUUUGUCCGUCGGCACACAAGCACCACGAUACCCGACGAUGUUCCUUUGCAAAAGAAGGAGUCUCUGGAGGACACGAAGGAGUCGAAUGGUCCCCAAUCCGCUGGCGAUCAAGAAGAGACUGAAUCCAAAUCGUGGGUAG